CAAACAUGAAGCCGACUAUUGCAACGAAGGGCAAGUUGACCCAGCUCAGAUACGAACUGCCGCACCGAGUCCACGAUUCGAAGAUAUACCCCGUCAAAGCCCCCAAUGGCUCGACCAUCAUCCUCUACGGACACGAGUCUGGUGUGGGCAUAGUAUGGAGGGGCGGGCGCCCUUUGAAGGUGACAGCUCCGCCACCCAAGCAGCCGGCGAAGCCAGCAAAAGUCAAUGGAACGAGUAACGACGCGAUCAUGAUCAUUGACUCUGACGACGACGAGCCUACGAGAGCCACACCGCAACAGUCCGCACCAAAGGCUGAGUUCGAGGAUGAAGAGGAAGAACUCGAUCCUGAUGAACCGUAUCCAUCCGUUAUACAGCAACUGCGCCUGUCUCUCAAUACUGAAGUCUUGCACAUCGCUGUGCCACAGAUACCGUCCAUUUCCUCCCUCCGUCCUGCAGAUACAGUGCCCCCCAUCUUCGGCAAGAGAAUGGUCUUCACCGUUGCCUGCGCUGAUUCUACCAUGCGAGUCAUCACACUACCUCUUGAUCCUCCACCAGAUGCAGCAAAGGCGAAACCGCUUGGAACAAACUCACAAUUCGGCGAAGAAGUUGUCAAGGUUCACGGCCAUCAAACCAUCACAAGGGGCAUCACCAUGACAUGGACUUCAAAGAGUGAGCCCAGCUCCAGAUACGAGCCAGAGGAUGACAUGGAUGUGGAUGGUGAAGCCGACGCCACCGCGACACCGGGUCGACGGCGUCGUAAGCAACAGAGCCGCUCACGGUCACGGCCGCGUGAUGGUGAAGGUUUCGACCUGCUUGUUGCUUCGCACUCGGCCGAGUUAGGAGGCAUACUGAAGAUAUGGCGCUUUGGACUUGCUGAGACUUCACUGAAUGUCGACUACCCUAUCGCACCAUACAAAAUGUUAACACUACGAAAACCUGCGGCUCGUGUCGCUUUCAGCACUGCCCAAUACCCAAAGCGCCGACACUCGCAAUUACUCAUCACGGACUCGACAGGUGUCGCGAGAAUUUACGAUCCGUUCGCCUCUCCCAGCCGCAGGCGUCAUACAAGCGGUGGUCAGAAUGAGUCUGGCGCAUUUGUCGGUACGUUUAGGUCGACCUUCGAGAGUAUCAAGAACAAUGCACACACGCCGGCGAUCCUCGUUACACGCAAGGCCAUUAUUGAUGCGGCGUGGACGUCCGAUGGUCAUCACAUCUUAGCACUCCUAGCAGAUGGAGAAUGGGGCGUGUGGGAUGCUGAUCGAUCUGGCCCAAGCCCACCUGCAGACCCAUCAGCAUUCUCUCUUCGCGGAUUUGUUGGCACGUUAGACAAAGAAGGGAGUGCUAGUGGUGCAUCUAGCCCUAAGCGCGGUGGUCGUAACACACUAGCACCUAUGACGCCCAACACACGCCGUAGGAAAGAGGAGACACUAUUCCAUGGAAACUCUUACAGUUCUGCGGUCGCAACCCGCGGUGGCGUCUCAGUUGCCUCGUCACCUUCUGCCAACGGGCAAGCAUCUGAAGACUCGGUCAUUAUCUGGUACGGCUCAGAAGUCUACAGAAUCGCAGAUCUUGACAAAUUCUGGACCCGAACCGCUUCUGCUAGCAGUGGAGGCUCACUACCUGGUCCUGGCGUUCAAGUACACGAUGUUUCCUUGCUUGGAGAAGCCAUUACCUCCAUCUCUCAAUUCGACACAUCGCCACAAGCAUCGCGCAUGGCCGUAGCACGAGAUACACUGAUCUCGGCAGAACAUCGUCUCAUCAUCACCGCAAGUACGACCCAACCUCUUGAGCGAGAUCUCAACGCCGUCUUUGCUCGAGAACAGGUUGAAGAGGAGGAGACGAGAAGAAGCGAUCAAGCUCUUCUUUCUCGCGGGGAGCUCGACCUUGGCGGGAUGGAUAGGUUGCUGGAGAACAUGGAGGGCAGCGGUACUAAUCCAAGGAGUCUAACACUCGGAGGUGGUCCCCGAAAGGUACUUUUCGCUUCCUCUGCGGCUUGAUCUCGUCUCGCGACCUCCUAAACCUAGUGCCCUCAGAGCUCGAGUCAGGCUGUAAAGUGGAAGAUUCUCAGUUUCGGUUCUCAGUGGGCUAUAGCACCCCGCGAUAAUUCACGUCUAAACAUUCGCCAA